CGUGGGGGGGUUCCGGAAAUGUGACUCUGAGAAAUAAGAUGGAGAAGUACGAGCGGAUCCGAGUGGUGGGGAGAGGUGCCUUCGGGAUUGUGCACCUGUGCCUGCGCAAGGCCGACCAGAAGCUGGUGAUCAUCAAGCAGAUCCCAGUGGAGCAGAUGACCAAAGAAGAGCGGCAAGCAGCCCAAAAUGAGUGUCAGGUCCUCAAACUACUCAACCACCCCAAUGUCAUUGAGUAUUAUGAGAACUUCCUGGAGGACAAGGCCCUCAUGAUUGCCAUGGAAUAUGCACCAGGUGGCACCCUGGCUGAGUUCAUCCAAAAGCGCUGUAAUUCCUUGCUAGAGGAGGAGACCAUCCUGCAUUUCUUUGUGCAGAUCCUGCUGGCACUGCAUCAUGUGCAUACCCAUCUCAUCCUGCACCGGGACCUCAAGACUCAAAACAUCCUUCUUGACAAACACCGCAUGGUUGUCAAGAUUGGUGACUUCGGCAUCUCCAAGAUCCUUAGUAGCAAGAGCAAGGCCUACACGGUGGUGGGCACCCCGUGCUACAUCUCCCCUGAACUGUGUGAGGGCAAGCCUUACAAUCAGAAGAGUGACAUCUGGGCCCUGGGUUGUGUCCUCUAUGAGCUGGCCAGUCUCAAGAGGGCCUUUGAAGCUGCAAACCUGCCAGCACUGGUGCUGAAGAUCAUGAGUGGCACCUUUGCACCCAUCUCUGACCGGUACAGCCCUGAGCUACGCCAGCUGGUCCUCAGUCUGCUCAGCCUGGAGCCCUCACAGCGGCCACCACUCAGCCACAUCAUGGCACAGCCCCUCUGCAUCCGUGCCCUCCUCAACCUUCACACCGACCUGGGCAGUGUCCGCAUGAGGAGGGCAGAGAAGUCUCUGGUCCCCGGGCCACCCAUGGCCCCCGGCGGCAGCACAGGGAGCAGGAGCGCCGGCGCCCGCUGCAGGGGCAUACCCCGGGGACCCGGCCGGCCGGCCAUUCCGCCACCGCUGUCGUCGGUUUACGCGUGGGGUUGCGGGCUCAGCGCCCCUCUGCGGCUGCCGAUGCUCAACACAGAAGUGGUGCAGGUGGCAGCUGGACGCACGCAGAAGGCCGGCGUCACGCGCUCGGGGCGCCUCAUUCUGUGGGAGGCCCCGCCCCUAGGCGCCGGAGGGGGCGCCCUUCUGCCCGGGGCCGUGGAGCAGCAGCAGCCCCAGUUUGUCUCCCGUUUCCUGGAGGGCCAGUCAGGCGUGACUAUCAAGCACGUGGCCUGUGGGGACCUCUUCACUGCUUGCCUGACCGACCGAGGUAUCAUCAUGACCUUCGGCAGUGGCAGCAAUGGGUGUCUGGGCCAUGGAAGCCUCAAUGACAUCAGCCAGCCCACCAUUGUGGAGGCCCUGCUGGGCUAUGAGAUGGUGCAGGUGGCCUGUGGGGCAUCUCAUGUGCUGGCACUGUCCACUGAGCGAGAACUCUUUGCCUGGGGCCGCGGAGAUGGUGGCCGGCUGGGACUGGGCACCAGGGAGUCCCACAGCUGCCCCCAGCAGGUGUCCAUGCCCCCAGGACAGGAAGCCCAGCGGGUUGUAUGUGGCAUUGACUCCUCCAUGAUCCUCACUGUACCUGGCAGAGCCCUGGCCUGCGGGAGUAACAGGUUCAACAAGCUGGGCCUGGACCCCCUCUCCCUGGGGGAGGAGCCUGCCCCCAACCAGCAGGUGGAGGAGGCCCUGAGCUUCACACCACUAGGUUCUGCACCCUUUGACCGGGAGCCCCUGCUCAGCGUGGACCUGGGCACUGCUCAUUCAGCUGCCGUGACUGCCUCUGGUGACUGCUAUACUUUUGGCAGCAAUCAGCAUGGGCAGCUGGGCACUAAUGCCCGCCGGGUCAGCCGGGCACCUUGUCAAGUCCAAGGCCUGCAGAACAUCAAGAUAGCAAUGGUAGCCUGUGGGGAUGCCUUCACUGUAGCCGUUGGGGCAGAAGGUGAAGUGUACUCAUGGGGCAAAGGGGCCCGAGGUCGACUAGGCAGAAGGGAUGAGGAUGCUGGACUCCCUCGGCCAGUGCAGCUGGAUGAGAUACACCCCUACACAGUGACUUCUGUGUCCUGUUGCCAUGGAAACACUCUACUAGCUGUUCGCCCGGUUACAGAUGAGCCAGUUCCACCGUGAGGGACCUAGAUACAUCUUGGGACCACCUUGAUAUUGCUUCUCCUCUGAACACUCUCAAAAACUGCAGAUGCCUGCAGCAAGACUGUCCCCACCAGCGCCCCCUGGAUGGUACUCAGCGAGGUAUACCAACCAGUGAAGCGCCCACUCUCUUUUGGCCCUGGAUCUGUAAACCUUAACCCACCCUGUUUCCCAACAUCUCCCUUUCUCUCCCUACCCCUUUUAAGUUGGUGUCCCCAAGGUCCAGCCUGGCUAGAGUCAGAAACCAGACCUAACCUAUGGAAGCAGGGUGGUCUCGAGUCUGGGCAGAAAAAAGCUGGAGGCUGCUGGCUGUGGCUUCACCCAGACCCUACUCUUUUCCCCUGCCCACUUAGACAAAUAAGCCGAUAGUGCCCCCUGGGAGAGCAGCACAGUGCUGUGGAACAGGGCAAGCCCAGUCCUGUCUAGACUGGCCAUUCUGGCCACCUAGCUUCUGCAUUGCCUGGGGCAGGGAGCCUUACCACCCACCCUGACUCUGAUACCCUGAGGCUUAGAUUUGCACAACUUCUGAGUGGACUGGGAGUGCAUCUGCAAGCGCACCAGUGUCUACUGCAGAGGGGGAUCCCUGUUGAAGGUUUCCUUCACCCCAGCCAUUCCCCCAGAGCAGGCUGGGCGAAAGGGUAGCUGGCUGGGCCUGACCAAUUUCCAGAUGACUGGGAAAUCGCGCCAAUAAAAACAUCAGCUGCC